UUGUUUUCAUAUAUUCGCUUUGUUUAGAAACGAACAACGUUUGUAAAUUUAAUGUAAACCUUUAACCUUUGUCAAAACUCUUGCAACUUGCCAAAUCAUGUCGGGCUGUGAUUCCCAGAAAGCUGAAACUUCGAAGGAUAACAUAUCCAUCGAUGAAGGCUUACCUCGAGAACUUAGCCAGUUAAGUUUGUCGAGUGCCUCAAGCCAAGACGAAUUUUAUUGUGAUAAAGGACAUUCCGAAACAGCUUUGAAAAAUAUAUACGGAUAUUAUCAGGCCCAGAAACUAUGCGACGUAGUUUUAAUAGCAGGUGGAACAAGGAUAUCAGCACACAAAAUAGUAUUAACAUCAUGUAGCGAGUAUUUUGCUGCUAUGUUCACCGGGUCACUGCGAGAGGCACAGCUUGCAGAGAUCACACUGGAGCGAGUGGACGCCCAGGCACUGCAGGCACUUGUUCAUUAUUGCUACACUGGCAUUAUAGAACUUAGAGAAGAGACAGUAGAAGUGUUGCUGUCAACAGCAAGCUUGUUACAGCUGAAUACAGUCACAGCUGCGUGCUGUACCUUCCUGAAGAAACAGCUCGAUCCAUGCAACUGUCUGGGGAUCGGACUGUUUGCAGAGCAGCAGUCGUGCCUGGCCCUGCAUCGGAGCGCGUUGGAAUAUACUUAUCAACAUUUCAUGCAAGUAGUGAAACAUCAAGAGUUUCUUUCACUACAAGCGGACCAGCUAGCCAGCCUGCUCAAAUCCGACGAUCUAAACAUAGUGACUGAAGAGAAUGUGUUCGAGAGCUUGAUGACGUGGGUGCAACAUGACAGCGCCAAGCGGGAGCAACACCUGCCGAUGCUGCUCAAGUUGAUCAAACUGCCGCUCCUGUCCUCUGAGUAUUUGAUCGACAAAGUGGAGCAGGCGUGCGGCAACGUGGCGGAGUGCCAGCCGCUCAUCAUGGAGGCAGUCAAGUGGCACCUGCUGCCCGAGCGGCGGUCUCUGCUGUGCUCGCAUAGAACCAGACCAAGGACUUCCACCAUCGGGCGACUGCUAACUAUAGGCGGCAUGGAUGGCUGUAAGGGAGCCAGCAACAUGGAGAUGUAUGAUCCCCGAACGAAUUCGUGGUCGCCGUUCAUGAGGAUGGGAGCUCGCAGGUUGCAGUUUGGCGUCGCUGUCAUGCAGAACAAACUCAUCGUCGUUGGCGGGAGGGAUGGGUUAAAGACAUUGAACACGGUGGAGUGUUUCGACCUAACAUCGCUCACAUGGAGCACGAUAGCGCCGAUGAACACGCACCGGCACGGGCUCGGGGUGGCCGUGCUCGGCGACGGGCCCAACUCGCCCGUGUACGCGGUCGGCGGCCACGACGGCUGGAUCUACCUCAACUCUGUGGAGCGAUGGGACGCGUGCUCGCGCACGUGGACGAUGGUGUCGCCGAUGGCGGGCGCGCGCAGCACGUGCGGCGUGGCGGCGCUGCGCGGGCGCCUGUACGCGGCGGGCGGGCGCGACGGCGGCGCGUGCCUGCGCUCCGUGGAGUGCUACGACCCCGCCACCAACCACUGGACCAACUGCGCGCCCAUGACGCGUCGUCGCGGCGGACUCAGCGUGUGCGCAGCGGGCGGCUAUCUGUACGCCCUCGGCGGUCACGAAGCUCCAGCGAACGCUGCGGGCGGGAGGCUAGCCUGCGUGGAGCGCUACGACCCCAGCACUGACACGUGGAUCCUCCUGGCGCGCCUGAGCUACGGCCGCGACGCCAUCGGCUCCUGUCUGCUCGGGGACCGCAUCGUUGCCGUAGGCGGGUACGACGGCGUGCAGUACCUGUGCGUGGUGGAGGUGUACGACGCGGAGGCGGACUGCUGGCGCAAGCUGGCGCCGCUCAGCACGGGGCGCGCCGGCGCCGCCGUGGUGGCCGUGCCGCCGCCGCGGCUCUUCUGAUCCGUCGUCAUCCUCAUCAGCAUGCGGCCCGUCGCCGACUGAGAUACGCUACUAUCAUGCCGUUAACCCGUUCACUGCUGAUCAUGACCCGUCGUUCGACCUCUACGACACAUUUUCGGGGAAAUCUAUGGUAUCGUAGCGCUACGACCGUAGCUCAACGGUGAAAUGAGUUAAUGAAACGUGGCACGCACUUGUGUACGUAACAUUAUUGAGCGUAAAACGGCGUAGCACUUUAUAGAGCUUUGCAUGUUGUUACUCGAAAUCGGCGCUGGUCGUCAGCGUAGCGCACGUCACAAUGAAAGACGUUAUAACGCUCACUGACAGCAUUAAACGUUAAACGCUCCGCUAGCGAGUGUUGCCAACUCGAAUUAUGAAAUACCCCUUCCUAUUUUCAUUUCCACAUUACGAAUUUUCACUUCUUCCGCGCGGAGGGACUCCACGCAUUAUUUUUUAUUUAGUUUAUCGUCAUAGUGGUGCCUGUAUAUUCUUCGUUAGUAAUAAUUUACAAAACAAUUCCGCAAGCUCUUAAUUUUGCUACAAAUAUAACUGCGCGAUGCGUUCUACUACACUACAUAAUUACUAAGACAUGGCGCUUUUUAUUUAUUUACUUAAAGUGGCUCCGAUUUCUUUUAAUUUUCAUUUAUCAGUUCAUUGUCGCACUGACAUUAAAUAAUGUUUCUCAGAAUAUAUACGCUAUUCUACACGAAAUCAUGUUAGAAACACAAACACAAAUGAAUACCUUAGUUCAAUGAUAUGUUAGUUAAAAUUAGUUAAUUCUGACAAAAACAGCCUGUAAGUAAAUACAUUUUGACAGGCUUUUAUAAACAAAAUAACGGCAUAUGUCUGAAGUUAGAACUAUAUGAUCUAGUCAUCUAUUUCAUACAACAUAUUGCCUAAUUAGGGAACUUUUAGCUGAAAUGGUUUAUAACCAUUAAACAAAUAUGUGCAGUAGUACAGCUAUAUCAAUUUUAUUUUAGUUUUAUAUACCUAGAAUUUAAGUUGUAUUUUUUAGACCGCAUAUGAAGACUACUUAUAAAUAUUUAACUUUUUAUUAUCAAGGUAUAAAUUAUUCCUAUUUUCUCAAAUUACACAGGGUCCAGGGAUAUUUGCAUUUCUAUCCUUUCAUUGAUUCGCUCACGAAGGAAAACACAAUUCCGAAAAUAUAUAAACGUUCCUUCCUUAUUGGAAUUGAUCUCAGUAUCAAUAUAUGUAUUUUGUUCAUUUUAUUGUUUAAGAAAACUGCUUUGCAUUUAAAAUACAGCCUAGCAAAAAAAAGUAGAAUCGUCGUGUUGUCUCGUUUUCUGGCAUGUACCUAAGUGUAACACUACAAUGUACGCAGUUUCUAAUCUCUACCCUUUUUGCCAGGCUGUAGAAUGAUAUUAGUUUAAAUUAGACUAACUUUCCAUAAAUAAUUAAAUAAAGACAAUUUUUGUAUUUUUCUAUCUUAUAAAUAAACUUAUAAGUUUUACAACAAAGUAAAUGCCACGAAAAACCUAGGACACAUUCUUCUCUUAUAGACAGUAUUCUCUACAUUUGUUUCGGGUACUUUUUGAAAUAACAUUUAUUUUCAGUUUUCAACUGUAGCUCAUUUUUUUGCAAAAAUGGCAGUUUCUGAAAUAAAUGUCAAUUGAUCAUUUAUGAUUUUCAUGAUGUCAAAUAUUCAUUUUGAUUCUCGAUUCUGUUUCCAACCUUUAAUAUGUGAUGUGUCAUACGGUAUACAUUCUACAUCGUAGUUUGUUCUUUAUGUUGUUCGGCUUGUGAAUAGAAACAGCUCAUAAAGUACAAACUAGAGAAACAAUUAGACUUCAAUAUUUUUGCCUAAACCAAGUUCUCAAUAUUACCUUACAUACUAAAUAUCAUAGUGCUAUUUUUUUAUCUUAAAGGCAUAGUAUGUGUUAAGAAAUUAUGAUUAAGGAAUGAAAGAAGGUUCUGUGGGUAAGCAUUAAUUAGUGGUCCCCUAAAUUAUUUAUAAAUUGAGGCUUAAACACUUGCCUUUAAAGAGUUUUAAUAUAGGUACGAUUCACAUGAAACAGUCGAAGCACAUCUUUAGAAUCUAAAGUUUAGAUUUAAAGGAAUUUGCAGCUUCCGUGCCGUAUGGAUUACAGUAUCAGUUACAAUUGAAAAUGAAAAUGAAAUAUUUAUAUUUCAAGUAGGCAUAUUACAAUGCGCAUAUGAACGUCAAAUAAAGCUACGCCGGCUCGAACCCUACGCCUCAGCCUCGAGAAUAUUUCCGUCCCCCCUCAGUUGGGAGGGGGGUAUCCACUAUGGGACCGGCAAGAAACUGAUAUCCAGACGCUAUAUGGAGUCUGAAAUUAAUUAUGAAAAAUUAGAUUAUUAUUAAAUGUCUAGAACGUCUUUUUAUCAGUCAUACAACUGCACGGGAAGCAUGGUCGCGCGAUAGACGAUAAAAUAUCAGGCCGUCCCUAUCGCACUUACAAAUAGUGCGAUAGGGACGGCCUGCUACUUUAUCACUUAUCGCGCGACCAUAAUUGCCUGCCUGGUUAGGAGCAAGUAUUCCUUUGUGGACUUUCACAGUGAGUGCCUCGUUUAAUGUGAAUCGUACGUAAAGGGUUUCCAAAGGUAACAAAUUUUCCCAAAUUUUUUCGCGAUAGCUCUAUUCUUGCUUUUGUGAGUCAACUUACAAUAGUUGGGCGCAACGGUGUUGACUAUGUAUAGGUACCGCUAAAUAGAGAUAGUGGUAUUCCUAUCAUUCAAAUCGUAUACAAGUACAGUGUCCCACAAAACAGUUUCCACGGUUUGACUGUGGGAUCGUGCAGUCUCUACUCUCUUAUAUUAUAGAAUAGUCUAUAUCAUUAAAUACUUAAGGCAUCGUUUAUUCAGUUUCUUUAUUCUAAUAAACCAAUCUACUUCUUCAUAAUCCAGUAAUUUUACUAUAUUCAUUUCCAUUAGACAUAAACUCAAGUUGGUGAAAAUUUUGUUACAAUUUGCAAUCCUUUUCAGUGAAAGCUGAUAGUUCAAUACAUUAUUUGCUUUGGGGGCGUCCAUUAAUCGCGUCAUACGUUUUUAGCUUAUUUUAGACCCCCCCCUCCCCCAUGGUGAUCUUUGGUGAUAUUUUCAGGACCCCCUCCCCCCCCCUG